AGCCACUCAGGAAGACCCUGUGCAUCUGCUUUGUUUGCAUCUUCUCACCAGCUCACCAGCCUUCAACAAAAUGGGUCUACAGAAGUUUUAUUUGGACAAACUGGCCCGCUUCUUUCAGAUCCGUAACCUGCUGCUGCGCCAGGCCCUGGCAGAGUGCCUUGGCACUCUCAUCCUUGUGAUGUUUGGCUGCGGCGCUGUGGCCCAAAGUGUGCUGAGCGGUGGUACCCACGGCAGGUUCCUCUCUGUCAACUUUGCCUUUGGCUUUGCUGCCAUGUUAGGCAUUCUGAUCUGCGGCCAAGUAUCAGGUGGACAUUUGAAUCCUGCAGUGACAUUUUCACUUUGCCUGCUUGGAAGAGAGCGCUGGAGAAAGUUCCCCAUGUAUUUCCUCUUUCAGACAAUCGGAGCUUUUUUUGGUGCUUCCAUUAUCUUUGCCAUGUACUACGAUGCCCUGUGGGACUUUCCAGGAUGUUUCAAUCUCACUGACGAUUCUUCCACUGCUGGCAUUUUUGCCACCUAUCCCGCAAAUCACCUCUCAAUUGUGAAUGGAUUCUUUGAUCAGAUUAUUGGCACGGCAGCCCUCAUUGUUUGCAUUCUGGCGAUUGUGGACCCGUACAACAACCCAAUCCCCCAGGGCUUGGAGGCCUUCACUGUGGGAUUUGUGGUUCUUGUCAUUGGACAGUCAAUGGGCUUCAAUUCUGGUUACGCUGUCAAUCCUGCCAGAGAUCUCGGACCACGUCUUUUCUCUGCUAUCGCUGGCUGGGGAACUGCAGUUUUCACGUUUAAAAACGGCUGGUUUCUGGUGCCGACUUUCUCCCCAUUCAUUGGUGCCAUUAUUGGCACGAUGAUUUAUCAGCUAAUGGUUGGCUUCCAUGUGGAGGGAGAAGUGCGUGACCGGAAAGAGAACAAAAACAAAGAGGAAAAUCUGCAACUCAACAUCAACUCCAACCCCAAAUCUAAUUAUAACGACAAAGAGGCUAAUUGCUAAAGCUAGGUUCAGAAGGACUUGUCCUGAAUGUUAGACACAUGCAGCAAGUGGCUCCGAAAUCUACACACGUAAAUACCGAUAUAGCACAGCUGUAUUAUUCCUGCCACUUAUAUGUAAUAUGUUAAGAAACAGUCCUAAUAACACAUUUUCUUUACAUUGUUGUGUAGCUGUAUUAUAUUGUAGAGGAAUUUCUGUGUACAGUAUGAGUAGAGACACUAUUUCUAAAGGAUUUCAAGGAUUAUUUCACUUCAGAGAUGUUAAUCUGAAUGAACGUGUCUUAUCAUCUUUUAGCAGUAUUUUAUACUAUGACAUUGCUUUUCUUGCAAUUUUUUUUAUAUUUUUUGUCUGUCAAGUAAGUUUUCUAGUAAAGAGUCUUUAUAUGGAAAUUUGAGAUUUUGUUGUCUUUUAUUUUUUUGUCCUGGUCAUUUUAACAGAUAAAUUCAAGGUAACAUUUAGCAAAAUGCCAACUAAUGAAAGUAUGUAUUUGGAAGAACAUUACAAAAAUAAAAAAACAACCCAUAAACUGCAUCUAGUUAAUAAACAAAUCAUUUCUGUGUACAGUAAUGAUUACUGUAAACAAUCAUUACAGUUAACUAACAGCCAUGUUUGUUAACUGUGUUAAGCUGAGCAGACAGCAGGUUUCCGGUUACAUUCUAAGAUUAAUCACUGUUCUUUUUAAACAACUAUUUUCAGCUGUUGUUCACGCAAGUCCAGUCCACCAAAAAACUUUUACAAAAAAUCCCACAUGUCCUUUUCUUUUUGAGACAAAUACAUAUUUUUGAAAAAUGUUUACCCAGAUAAAACUGUCCCUUUUAAAGAAUUUUUGGUGCUUAUAGGGAAAUUAUUAAAUAUUAUCAUAGUGUUUGUAUAAAUGGCAUUGAGCUUUUGUUUUGCUUUUUUACUGGGGUUUUUGUUAUUGUUGUUCUUACAGCGGUUGAUGUUUUUGCAUAUUGUGCAACUGCACGCAUAUUGGGUGUAAAACUAAAAUGUUUCUGGUUUGUGUUUUGUGCAAAGGCUGGGAGGAAAUGCUUUGAUUCCAAAAUAAUGAAGUUCUGUUUUCAUGCUGUAGCCUGAAAGUAGCUUGCAUUACUCUCUUGCUUUUAUCAGGUGGUGUCUGUAAUCAGAUUACAUCCGAUAAAAUAAAAAGAACAACUUUAAAAAG